CAGCGCAGCAUCGCUUGGCCGGCGGAGCUUCUGCAUCCACCAGACCGCAGUCCACCGCCUCGCCUCCGUGUGCUCCAGACAUGCAGGCCAAGAUGUUCGCCGUCAAGGUGAAGGACCUCAAGCAGCCCGGUUUUAUUCUCAAGAUCCUCGAGAUUGCGAUGCUGCUCACGACGACCCUGGUGGCGCGGCUGGGGCGCGGCGGCGGGCCCGUCAGCUUCCACCGGCUGUCUCCGGACGCCGACACGCUGGGCCAGGGCGUGUGCCUGGCCUACCUCAUCAUCACGCCGGUGCUGCUGCUCGGCUACCUCACCGGCGAGAUCGGACACCAGCGCAGGAAGAUGGAGUUCAUGUUCAGCGUGUGCGGCGCGCUGCUGCUGCUCGUGGCGGGCGCCGUGGCGGUCGACUUCUGGCGCAGCGUCGGCAUGAUCCCCAUGACGGCUGGCCCCGAGCACUGGGCGCGCGUCCGCGCCGAGCUCUCCGGGCUGGUGGCCAGCGAGCGAGCCUCGGGCCUCUCCCUGGGCUGCCUGGCGCUGCUGUCUGCGCUGCUCUACCUCAUCGACGCCUUCUUCGGCUACCGCAUGGGGCUCUCCGCCUCCUCCGUCUGACAACACAAUAAAGUUUUUCAGUUACUGUCAGCAACAGCUGUAGAAGAUGCCACUCAUCAAUAUAGCUUGUUUGUGAGAAUAUUACAACUUAUCUAUAUCAAUUAUUCACAAGCAGAAUUAUAGUG